AUGCCAAAUCACUUGCCCACGCUGAUCGUGACACCCCACGGUCAGCCGAAUCAAGUCCUUUACACAUACUUGCAUACAGAGGAGAACCGCGUCAACUAUCUCCUCACGCCAUCGCCGCAGGGCGACCUCUGUGUGGCCAAAAUGUUUCCCCCGACCCGCACUGGUGCAACGUCGAACGCGUCGCUCCCUACAAUGCCCAACCACAAGCACAAUGUUGUUCGGUGCGAGGCAUCGCGCGACCUCAAGUGGACGAUUGAGAACACUGGAGUCCAGCACCCCACAUACAAGAUUGUCAACCAGGACGACACGCCCUUGUACCAAAUCUCAAAGCCCAACCCCCACGCUGACUGGUGGACCAUGUUCUACUUCAAGUAUGCCGGUCACCAGAUUCCCCCGAGGAGGGUAGAGUUUGGAAAGGUGUCAAAGAACCCUCCCGAGAAGGGCGGAGGUACCCGCAUCGCCAUUACCGGCAGGUCUGAGGACGAAAAGCAGGUUUGGCAGACCCUUGGAGUCGGCAACGAGGACUGUGUCGAAUGGGUUGUCUGCUGCGCCUGUCUCAACCUUCUCGAUGACCAGAUUCUCCAGGCCGCCGAGCGCAAGCAGACCGGCGCCGGUCCUGCGUCAACUGCUCCUUCGCCGGCCGCUUCGCGUGCCCCUGGCCCCGCUGCCACACGUGGUCCUGGUCCAGCCGCUACCCGUCCCCCUCCUGGUCGUAACAACUCGUACCCCGCUGUUGCAAAUGGCCAGAUGGGACCCCGUGGCAUCGCCUCGACCGGCCCGGGCAUCGCAUCCACCGGCGGUGGUAUCGCCUCGACAGGCCCACCCGGUGGGUACCGUGGCCCGCCCCAAGGCCGUCCUCCAAUGCAACCUAUGCAGCAGCCCAUGCAGCAGCAGCAACAGGGAUUCAACCCGAACAUGCGGUCGCCCAUCAACCCCGGCGGUCCUAACUCCAUGGCACGUGGCCACCCCCCUCCUCAGCAGCAGCCGGCCGCCACUCGGCGCUUCUAA